UUGUUUGUUCCCGUAGUCGUUUCCGUGAAGUUCUUAUUACUUCUCUAGUUCAGCCCUUUCUGAAGAUCAUCUUCUUGCAGAGGCUUCUCCAGAGUAGCUGGAUGGGCUCUGCGGCUGCCUUUGACCUGAAGAUGUAAAUUCCAGCUGGAGGAGACGUACCCAUGCUAGUUCUGAUCUUGCUAGUGCACUAAAAAUAGUAGCGGGGCAAUGGCAGGAGGGGCUUUGAGUGAUGCUCCAAUAAGCCUGUAACAUGUACUCACGUUCUGCCUUUGUCCUAUAUGGAACAGGAGCUCCCUAUACUUAGCCUGCUCCACAAAUUGAACACCACAUCUGCUACAUUUUACAAGACCUUGAACCGUAGAAUACCAUCAAAUGCUCUACUUUUGCUUCGCCUUAAUAAAACUUCCAUGCCACACUCAUCUCCACUGCACUGCUAAUGAUCUUUGGGCUCUUCUAAUGACCCAGCCUAUACAACACAGUGAUGAAAUGAGAUCUAAUGUAUCUCCCAAAGUUCAUAUGCAUUUUUUUCCUUUGAUCACACAUACAGGCCUCAGAAAGAGGAGCUCACGUACACCCCCACAGGGCCACAGUCACCCAGAUCACCUUGUAUCACAAUUAGAGCUCUUCUAAGCUGCUACAUCUUAUUCCUUCGCCACUCAGUACAGCCACACCUCACACAGUGAAUGCAGCUGGAGUGCAUGAAGAUAAUUCUUAAGGACUAUUGCAGCUCCAGGGGGACAGAAUCAAGGUUUCUUGGGCAUUUACCUUAACUCUGUAUUUCCUUGUUUUCACAAAUGCGAGUUUUGCUGAACUAGACAUUCUGGAAGGGUGCAUGUUAUCAGCAGGCAACUUUAACUCUGUGCUAACAAAGGUUUUGUCAAUUUUUUAAUUUUAAAUUUAAGUCCAGCUAGAAAACUUUGUUUUAAUUUGAGAACCACCCAAAACAGUGAAAUAUUUCUAUUGAUUCUGCAUUUGUAGGGUGCCUAGCAAAAUGGGUUCUAGUCCAUGACUAGGUGCUAUGAUAAUAUAAAUAAUAGUAAUAUUAAUUGGUUUUUAUUUUUUUCCCUUAAACAAAGCUCACAUUCUGGACCUAAUCUCCUUGAUAUAGGCCUCUUUAUUAAGGCAGUAUGUAUUCACAGUAGGUAUGGACAAAUAGCCAAUUAGGAUACAGAUUUCAGUUUCAAGCUUCCUGCAGAUGGUUGUACAUAGCAGUGAAGAAUAACAAUACGUGAAAAUUACCAUGACACUGCCCUUUGAAGGAAUGGUGUUCUGAUUGUCUCUGUUGUUGCAAUGAGGAGUGUUUACAAGGGACAUAAUAAAUAAUGAUAUAGCAUUUAUGGAAUGCUUUUUAUCUUCAAAGUCUGUCACUGACUUUAAUCUUCCCAGCUCCAUGGCAACUCAGGGCUGGGUUCGUUCUGUCCGGUCCCAGAAAGAGGUUUUGUUCCUGCACAUAAAUGAUGGCAGUUCUUUGGAAAGCCUCCAAGUUGUAGCUGACCCAAUCUUGGAACAUAGAGAUCUGACUUUUGGAAGCGCGGUGGAAGUGCAAGGGAAACUGGUAAAAAGUCUGCAUAGGAUGCAAAAUGUGGAAUUGAAAGCUGAAAAUAUUCGUGUAGUAGGACCCUGUGAUACUCUGAUGUUCCCUUUUAAACCAAGAGAGAGGCAACCUCUGGAAUACAGCCGGCAGUUCCCUCACUUACGAUGCAGGACCAACACACUGAGCUCCCUCCUGAGGAUACGCAGUGAAGCUACUGCAGCGAUCCACUCAUUUUUCAAGGAUAAUGGCUACGUGCACAUUCAUACCCCUAUAAUUACGUCAAACGACUGCGAAGGUGCGGGGGAGCUCUUUCAUGUCAGGACAUCAAAUAAAGUACAGGAACCUGGGGAAAACUCCCAUUUCUUCAAUGUUCCUGCCUUCCUGACUGUCUCUGGACAACUCCAUCUGGAGGUGAUGGCUGGUGCAUUUACACAGGUGUUCACCUUCAGCCCAACCUUUCGAGCUGAGAACUCUCAAAGUCGCAGGCACCUGGCAGAGUUCUACAUGGUAGAAGCAGAGAUGUCUUUUACUGAAAGCCUCCAGGACAUCAUUCAGGUCAUGGAGGAUCUUUUCAAGACAGCGACAAGCAUCGUGCUCUCCAAAUGUCCUCAAGAUGUUGAGCUUUUUCAUAAAUAUGUAUCUCCUGCCCAAAAGGGCAGGUUAGAACAGAUGCUGAAGAACAAAUUCAUAACAAUUUCCUAUACUGAAGCAGUGGAAAUCUUAAAGCGAGCUCCUCAGAUGUUUACUUUCCAACCAAAGUGGGGCAGCGAUCUCCAGACUGAACAUGAGAAAUACCUGGUGAAGCACUGUGGCGAGGUUCCUGUGUUUGUGGUUAAUUACCCAUAUGAUCUCAAACCUUUCUACAUGCGGGACAAUGAAGAUGGACCUCAACACACAGUUGCAGCUGUUGAUCUUCUGGUACCAGGAAUAGGGGAGUUAUGUGGCGGCAGCCUGAGAGAGGAGCGACUGCAUUUUCUGCAAUCACGCUUAGAGAGAUUAGGACUUGCAGAUGCCUACCAAUGGUAUCUAGAUCUCCGGCAGUUUGGAUCGGCCCCUCAUGGAGGCUUCGGAAUGGGGUUUGAACGCUACCUGCAGUGCAUCUUGGGAGUGGAUAAUAUCAAAGAUGUUAUUCCUUUCCCAAGGUUUCCUCACUCCUGUCUUUUGUAGCUCCAUGGUUGACUCACAUGGACCUGUCUGCGCUGGAGUGUUUUCAGAAGAUUUUGGUGUUCAUCAUAAUGGUGAUUCUUUCAACCUGUUCAGCACCUGAAUCCUUUACCUUACACCAGUCACAGAGCUCUGUAAGAGGUGAUCUAUGCAUACUGUCUUAAAGAGAACGCAAAUUCGUGGGAAGAAAGAAAUGUUCGGUUAAGUGGAAGUACAUUUGAGCCUCUGAAGCCAACGUGUACUUUCCCAUUUUUAUUGAGAAAUGAUUUCACGUUCAACUGGCCAAGCAGAUUUACCUACGUUUGUAAAGCCACCCUACAACCAAUACACACUCCCUGUCAUUGUAUAUCAUGACUCUCUUCACUGCAGCAUCUGAUACAAUUUUUGAUAGAUUUAUCCUCCUAAUGCCCCUGCUAGGUAGAGAAGAAUUUAUCCCCAUUGUGCAGAUGGGAACUGUGUGUAGAUUAAGUGACUUGUCCAAGGUCACGCAGGAAGACUGUGGUUGAGUUGGGACUUAAACCCAUGCUUCCUGAGUUGCAGUCCAGUGGGCCAGUCCACAGCGCCAUCCUUCUUACCUUACACAUAUUGUCAUAAUCCUGAACUGUGACUCUCUGGGGCAGGGUUUUGUUUCUCUCAUUUGUAUAAUGCCUAUCACAACAGACCCUAAGCACUGUUGUAGAAUAAAUAAUAUGUACAGAAAAUGACUUUAAAAUAAUUGGGUUAUUUUUAAUGAUUACCAUGUAAAUAUCUGUAUGGAGUGUGCAGGAAAUGCAGAAGAGCUAAAAUAAUUUUUCUCCCAAGCAGGUGAAAGAGAGUGAAAA